AUGACCGGCUCGCAUUUGCCUGGUUCUGGACCGCCCGCGCUUGAGAUAUAUGAGGAUGAUGUGAUGGAUACGGAAAAGUUGGAGAAGCCUCCGGUCGUGGAGGAUCCGUUUGGAAAUGAAGAAUCCGGGGAAGUAAAGUAUCGCGUGAUGAAGUGGUGGCAAGCUGGAAUGCUCAUGGUCGCCGAAAACAUCUCACUUGGCAUCAUGUCCCUACCAUCUGCCGUGGCAACUCUCGGAAUUGUCCCGGCCCUCAUUCUCAUUCUCGGCCUAUCAGGCAUCUCAUGGUACACCGGCUACAUUUUCGGCCAAUUCAAGCUCCGCUAUCCGCAAGUGCACAGCAUGGGCGAUGCCGGCGAGAUCCUCUUAGGCCCCAUCGGACGCGAGAUCUGCUACUUCGGCCAGCUGCUCUUCAUCAUUUUCCUAAUGGCCAGCCAUAUUCUCACCUUCACCGUUACAUUCAACACCAUCACAGAUCACGGAACCUGCACCAUUGUCUUCGGAGUCGUGGGCUUGGUCGCGUGCUCCAUCGCCUCUCUUCCACGCACGUCCGAGAAAGUCUUCUUGAUGUCCACCAUCUCCGCCGCCAGUAUCCUCAUCGCUACCAUCGUCACUAUGAUCUCCGUCGCUGUUCAGACACCCGCCGACGUGGUCAACGAUAUCACCACCCACCCUACUUUCGUUAACGGUUUCUUGGCCGUCACCAAUAUUGUCUUCGCUUUUAUCGCCCACGUGUCUUUCUUCGGUAUUAUCUCUGAGAUGGAGGAUCCUCGCCAGUUCCCCAAGUCUCUUGCUAUGCUCCAGAUUGUGGAUACUACUAUGUAUGUUGUGGCGGCUAUGGUCAUCUACUGCUAUGUUGGUCCGUCUGUUGAGUCGCCUGCUCUUUCCGCUGCUGGGCCUGUUAUGAAGAAGGUUGCAUACGGCCUUGCAAUCCCGACGGUCAUCGUUGCGGGUGUUGUCUUCGGCCAUGUCGCUUGCAAGUAUAUCUACGUUCGCAUCUUCCGAGGCGAUCGCUCCCACCACAUGCACCAGCGUAGUAUUCUUGCUACGGGUACUUGGGUUGCUAUCUGUCUGAGCACCUGGACUAUUGCCUGGGUCAUCGCCGAGUCUAUUCCCGUGUUCAACGAUUUGUUGAGUCUUAUCAGUGCUCUCUUUGGAAGUUGGUUCAGUUACGGUCUUCCUGCUAUGUUCUGGCUUCACAUGAACAAGGGACAAUGGUUCGCGACACCAAAGAAGAUCUUCCUCACAUCCGUCAACUUCUGUAUUCUAGGAAUCGCCAUCGCCAUUUGUGCCCUCGGACUAUAUGUCUCGGGUAAGUCUAUCCAUGACAGCACUGACAAUGCCAGCUGGACUUGUGCUAGCAAUGCUGUAUAG